AACAGUAAAACAGCCCAGAACAGUAAGCAACGCCUGCCAAUUAGCGAUGUCAGCACAAGAGAAGAAGACUCAAUUGGAGAGCCAGCUCUCCCCGGUGGUCCAGCAGGCCAUCAAGCUGUCGCAGACAGCGACUGAAGGCAGGUCGUUCAGGCCAUUGCCCUCGUCGUCGUCCUUCUCUCUCAUCGACAGCGAUGCGGACGUGAAGGCUCAGUGGGGCCAUCUCGGGCUGGAGGCCAUCUCACAGGGUAAAGUGGGUGUUAUACUUAUGGCUGGUGGACAGGGAACCCGACUGGGCUCGUCAAUGCCGAAGGGCUGCUACAACAUUGGCCUGCCUUCGAACAAGUCCUUGUUCCAAAUACAGGCCGAGAAGCUCGUCAAGGUUCAGCAGCUGGCCAAUGAGAAGUUUGGCACGACAGAUGCUCGUGUUCAGUGGUAUGUGAUGACCUCUAAACCAACGAGAGACAACACUGAAAACUUCUUCAAGGAGAAUGGCUACUUUGGUCUCUCAAAGGAUCAAAUUGUGUUCUUCAACCAAGGCACACUGCCAUGCUUCGACAAGGCUGGCAAGCAGAUUCUGCUGGAGUCCAAGGACGCCAUUGCGGAGUCUCCAGACGGGAAUGGUGGACUGUACAAGGCCAUCUACACCAAUGGACUACUGGAGGACUUUGCAGCACGAGGCAUAGAGCACAUCCACAUGUACUGCGUUGAUAACGUGCUGGUGAGGGUUGCAGACCCGGUCUUUAUUGGGUUCUCCAUCGAGAACAAGUUUGAGCUCGCUACUAAGGUGGUUAGAAAGAGAGAUGCCUCCGAGUCCGUUGGCCUCAUUGUGCUGGAUGAAGCUCUGCAAAGGCCAGCAGUGAUUGAAUACUCUGAGAUUUCAAAAGAGUUGAGUGAACAGAAGGACAAUUCUGGGUUGUUGAGCUUCAGAGCUGCCAACAUCGUCAAUCACUACUACUCCGUUGAGCUGCUCAACAAGAGAAUUACAACAUGGAUUGACAACCAGGAGUUCUUGCCAUUUCACAUUGCCUAUAAGAAAAUCCCAUGCUUGAACGAAGAAGGGGUCUUUUACAAGCCAACAGAGCCCAACGGUAUCAAGUUGGAGCAGUUCAUCUUUGACGUGUUUAAGGAUAUCCCACUGGAUAAGUUUGGAUGCUUGGAAGUGGAGAGAUCAGAUGAGUUUUCUCCGUUGAAGAAUGCCUCUGGUGCAAAGAACGAUACACCAGAGACAUCCGUUGCAAAUUAUUUGAAACUGGGGACCAAGUGGGUCAAAGACCAGGGUGCAACAUUGGAAGAUGGUGACUUGGUUGAAGUUUCCAGCUUGACAUCUUAUGCAGGGGAAGGACUGGAAAGCGUCAAGGGGGAGAAGUUGUCGAACUUGCAAAUCAUCUAGAGGGUCCACCCUGCCAGAAAAAGAUAUUAAAUAUGUAUUUCACACGUCCAGCAUGUAGUU